AUGAUUUUUUCUUUACAUGAAUUAGUGCACUGGUUAGGUUUAACAAUUUUUGAAAUAUGGAUAAAUUUAGUUUCCUUAACAAUAUUUACAAUUCUAUUAGCCUUAAAAUUAGAUGAUAAUUAUUUCUUAGAACAUACAGGAUGGUGGAUUGUUUUCUCGCCAUUAUUUAUUGCAGAUGGCUUUAAUACAUACUUUUGUGCUAUCAUAUUCAUACGUAUGCAUAUGGAAGGAAUGAUUCAGGUUGCCAUUUUAAGAGCAUUAUGGAGUUUAAUAUCAUUAUUAUUAAUAUUUGUAUUUAAAUAUUUGCUAUGUAAAAAACUUUCUGGGCAAAGUACCCUAGAGUAUUCAGAGGUAUUGAGUCCUGUUUUUAUUCUUUUACAACUAAUUGCCGUUAGAGCAUGUCAACUUCAUUGACCUAAACAAAACAAUGUAACAAAUAUUUCUGAAUCUUCAGUAGUAUUUCCAUCUCAAUCACUUGCAAUUUAUGAUAUUGCCUAUAAUGUAUUUGCAUAUAAUGUAUGAUUAUAGAGAAUCAAAGAAUAUAUGUAGUUGUAGGUACCAAAUAUAACACGGAAUUUUAAAUAAUAAUAACUAUAUUCAUAUCCUA